CGGGAAGCGGCGGCGCCGGAGGCCGCACGCGCCGGGCGGGGGAGGGGCGGCGGGAGCUGAGGGCGGCAGAUGGAGCCCAACGGCAGCCCGCUGGAUGUGCGCUUCUCCCCGCCCGACGCGCCCUGCCUCAUCGUGGAGGACUCGCAGCCCGAGAGCGCCGCGGCAGGGGACUCGCCGGGCGAUGCCUGCGUCCCCCUGCCCGCCCCGCGCCUGCCCGCCUGCCCCAGCCCCGUGCUGGAGAUGAUGUCCAGCUCUCGGGAUCAGAAACGGACAGUGGGAGGAGACGUAGGGGUCGACGCUAUUGAGCCUUCUCCAGAAAAGCAGCUUGCAGAGCCAAUGGACACAUCUACCCAUCUGGAGACCACUGGUUCACUCAGCGAAGUCCUUGACCAGUUGCCCCAGCCCAGCAGCAAGAGCAGUGUUCUCGGGUUGGUGGUAGCUGCUGUUGAGGGGGCCGAUGAAGAUGCUGCAGACUGCACUGCCCACUCACUGGGCGCUGAAGGCUCAGGCACGUCGCAGCUGCAUUUUGGAGCCCUGGAACUGUCACAGAGCCAGGACCUUGAGGGGGACUCCUCACUGCAUGAGGAGGGCAAUGAGCAUUGCCUUCGUCCUGCAGAAACCUCCUGUAAAGAGACCGAGGAUGAGCUGUGCGCCGUUAAGAAAGAAACUUUGCCUGGUGGAGAAACAUGUACUGGGACACAGUACCAGCAGGAGGAGGAGUCUAAAAGAACUCCUCAACCACCUCAAGAUACUGCUAGGAAACCAAGGUCUGUCUGCGAUUUGCUUGAAAGUGGAUUGCAAGUUGAGAAGUCAUGUGAUCCUGCUCUUCAGGAGCCAGAGAUUCUAUCAACUCAGGAAGAUAUGUUUCCUGAGAGCAACUCAGCAGCUUCAAGCAGUGCCUGUGCCAUAACCAAGGUGGAAGAGGGAGGUCCCCUGGCAUGCACCCCUGCUGGCACUCUUCACCUCCUGCAUCUCUCUGGACAGGGAUCCCUUGCACAGGAGAGUCUUUCCAUUGAUUCUUCAGGCCCAGCUGCUCCUUCUAGUAUCUUCAGGUCCAGUGCUCUUAUCCCCAGCAGUCCCACAGAACAGGAAGAAACGCAAGGAGCACAGCCAGGCACCAUGGAGAGCAGCUCCCUGCAGAUUUACCUGCAAGGCACUGCUCUCCACACUGCCUGCCUGUGUUCCUGGCCACGUGCAUGCUGUGGCUGUGCGCAUGCACACAGCAUCUGGGGGCCCCGGCCAGAAGAUGAACAGAUGGAUAUGGCUGCUCUAGCAGGAGGGGAACUUGCCCUGAAGCAACAGAAGGGAGAUGAACUGAUGGAAGUUGAUAAUCCUCCCACCCCAUCAGGACCUCCAGUGCUACCCCAGGCUUCAACUCCAGUAUCCCAGAGUGCACCAGUCUUCACUUCUGGAUCCUUUCCUGUACCAUCACAACCAGAGUUCUCCCAUGAUAUUUUCAUUCCAACUCCGAGUCUAGAGGAGAGGCCUGGAAGAGAAGAGAAGGCUGGUGCCUUACCUGAUGUGUGCUUGUCAGCAGAUAACUCUGGACCCAUGGAGGCUGUGCCCAAAAUUCCUACAGGGGGUCCUGUGUUUUCAGAGACCAGUGAUUCCUGUAAACUAGUGCUCUCUGCAAGUGAAUGUAACCAGCCCAUAAAGACGGAAGGAACUACAGGCUCCUUGAGGACUGACCAGGACAGUGAAUCCACACAGGUAGAGGUGGAUUCCACACCCCCAGCUUUGGAGCUGAAACUCUGUUCCAUGGAGAAUGACAGCAUGAAGCUGAGAAUGAGUGAGGACAGCCAAACUCUAAUGGAAGAGGAUGGUGAAAAAGCAGAAGAGGGCGAGACCAUGAGAGCACCUGCCACUGCUGCGGCUGCUGCAGGUGUAACAGCAGGUGGAACUGUGGCACAGACAAGUUGCAUUGAUCGCAUGUGUGAAUCUGGAAGUCAGGCUAUUGCAGCUCUAGCCAGUCAGCCUGACACUUUGCCAUGUGUUUUGGGUCGAGAAGCACUGACUGAGAUUAAGGAAAAACUGUUGAGAGCCAGGCCUCAGUUGGAAGCAAUUCCUGAGACUCAGUGUGAGGAACAAGGUGAGAGGCGUGCAGAUGAGAAGCAGCUAGAGGAAGAAGGGUCCUCUCUGUGCCAAACCCCCUCUCAGGGCCUGACUGUUCUAAGGGAAGAGCAGCAUCACAAAGGCCAGGAAGCGAUGGAAGUGGAAUCUGCUGAGGGCUCUAGCAAAAGUUGUAAAAAGCUUUGUGAACUGAGCCAAAGGGAUCAGGAGACCGAGAAGAAAGAGGCCUCCACAGGCUUGGGUGUUGUGGAAGCGAAGGACAUGGAGGGCUUGUCCCUGAAGGCUGGUCAAGAAACCAUGGCAAAGCUCAGUGACCUUGCCUCUCAGCCUCUUGUGGGAGAGUCACUGGGACAACAGGAUGGCUCCUGGCCUCGGUUACCAGCAGGUGUUCCCCCAGCAGUGGCACUGUGUGCCAGAAAGCAUUCAGAUGUUCAAGGGAACAGGGAUCAAAGUGAAAGCCAUCUGGAACAGGAUCAGGAAAUGGAAUGGGAGAGUCAGGAGCAGCCUCUGGCAAGAGGAAAUGAGGUGUCUGUGACCCUGCCAGAGAACCAGCAGCUCCCUCCAAAAACAGGGGAUGAAGUGCCCCUGACCCUUCCAGAGAGCCAGCAGCCACCGCCAGAGAGAGGGGAUGAGGUGCCCCUGACCCUGCCAGAAAACCAGCAGCCACCUCGAGAGACGGGGGAUGAAGUGCUUGCUGCCCCAUGGGAGAACCAGCAGCUCCCUCCAGAGACAGGGGAUGAGGUGCUGGUGACCCCACAGGAGAGCCAGCCACCUCCUCUGGGAAUAGGGCAGAAAGUGCCUGCAGCCCUGCCAGAGAGCCAGCCGCCCCGUCUGGGGAGAGGGGAUGAGGUGCCGACAGCUGUGCCAGAGAGCCAGCCACCCACGCUAGGGAGAGGGGAUGAGGUGCCAACAGCCCUGCCGGACAGCCAGCCGCCCACGCUAGGGAGAGGGGAUGAGGUGCCAACAGCCCUGCCCGACAGCCAGCCGCCCACUCUAGGGAGAGGGGAUGAGGAGCCCACAGCCUUGGUGAGAGGGGACCAGGAGCCCGCAGCCGUGCCGGAGAGCCAGCCCCCCACUCUGGAGAGAGGGAAUGAGGUUUCUGUAGCCCUGGGGAGAGGGGACCAGGUGUCUGCAGCCCUGCCGGAGAGCCAGCCACCCCCUCUCAUUCUGCCAGAGAAAGCAGGAGAUAUACCUGAAAAACAGGUGAAGACCACUCACCUGGAGCAAGAGGAGGCGCACCUGCAGGAGAGGGCAGACGACCACUUCCCCAGCCCAUCCAGCGGAACUUCAUUUCAUUUCACAUUGCCCAAGGAGGGUGAUAUAAUUCAGCCCUUGACCAGCCUGACUCCAUCCCCUAUUAAUCAGCUUCAAAAGGGACCUAGAAGACACAGCACUCCAAUUGAGGUUGGCAGCUGUCCAGACAGCACCAUAGCAACCAGUGAGGUCACAGCAGAGGGCACCCUGGGGACCAACAAUGUCACUGUGGAGAGUGCCGUGACAUCAGCAGACAUAUCGGAAGAGCGUGACAAAGGGGAUUGUGCCGUGCUCGCUGCGGCUGAUGGGAAGCUGUGUCUGCGAAUGAGCCUCGUUACUCCUGUGAAUGAGGGAAGUGAUGAGUCUCCGUCCUUCAGUUUGGAGAAGCCUGCAGCCGGUGAAAGGAAAAAUGGAUCCUCUGCUGUUGCCGGAGCUGUUGCCAGUGCACAGCAGAUGUCUGUGUUUAGUCGUGUCUGUGAAGUCCGGCGUGAAGAUGAGGCCUGGAGUCGUAAUCUUCCCAUUUCUCGAUUUCGGGGAAACCUGUUCAGUUCCCCAAGCACGCAGGAGGAGGAAGAGCCGCUGUCUGUGGAUCCUGGUGCUUCACCACGCCUGCAGCCUCUCAGCUGGGAGCAGGCCCAGGCUUCUCAGGCUGUAUCGCCGGACUCCGAACCACAGCUGUCCCGUGUGGAAGAAGAGUCUAUGGACGUUGACGUUGUACAGGAUCAGAAAGCGGAAGGGGAGAAGAGCAUGCAAGAAAAGCUGAGUACGACUGUGUCGGCGAAAGAGAGGGAUACAUGCCAGGAGGCAUGGUCGGGCACCAGCAGUAAAGGCGUCCAAACCACUGUAGAUUUUCCAUUGGCCCCAGCAACUGUAUCAACAGGAACACAGACAGCAAAGGGAACGUGCAGCCAGGUGGAAGCGGGGACCAGCAUGGCUGGGCAGAGGCCAGACCGACAGGAUGCCAAGGUCCAAACUGAGGAGAGUGGAGAAAAGCUUGUGAAUGCAUCUGGUGAUGACACAGAGUCCCUGCAUAGUCAGGAAGAGGAGGAGCGUAACCUGUCUCACCCGCCUGGAUGCCGGGUCCAGCACCGCCACGUGAGAACCAUCCGGGAAGUGCGCACUGUUGUCACGCGUGUCAUCACAGACGUUUACUACGUAGAUGGUGCCGAGGUGGAGCGGAAGGUGGUUGAGGAAGCGGAGGAGCCUGUGGUGGAGUGCCAGGAGUGUGAGGUGGAUGUCUCCCCCUCUCGAACAACGGGAGGCUCCUCGUUGACGUCGGGGGACCUCGGGGAUGUCAGCUCCUUCUCAUCCAAGGCCUCCAGCCUCCACCGCACAUCUAGCGGAGCAAGCAGCAGUUUGUCAGCCACGCACAGCGGCGGCAGCUCCGGGAGGGGAGCUGGAGCUGGAUCUACCAAAGGGAAAGUCUGCGGGAUGGAAGCUGGAGAGUUUGCCUUACCCAGCGGCAAAGGAGCGCUCGGAAAACUGAGCCCUAGGAAAGGGACUGGUCAGCCAGGGUCUCCUUUGAGGCCUGGACAGACAGCAGCACUGACAAUGUGUGAGGAGGAGGAUGACCGUCACGGGGGGAAAACCCCUGUUACACCUCGUGGUCGAGGGAGAAGGGGCCGCCCACCAUCUCGAGCAGCUGGGACAAGAGAUGCAUCUGGGAGUGGUCUGCCAGGCGUGGAGGAUCUUCCAGCCAUGGCCUUGUCUGAGGAGAAGGCCUUUGCUCGCACAGUUCGCCUGCCCGAGGGCGGGGACAGGCCUGAGGGCGCCGGCCCCUGCACCUUGCGCCGAAGCGACUCUCCGGAAAUCCCACUGCAGGUGGUGGCUGGUCCCGUGGAGAGCGCGGACUCGUCUGCCGGGAGCAGCUUUGUGGGUCUCCGGGUUGUAGCCAAGUGGUCCUCAAACGGCUACUUCUAUUCUGGGAAGAUCACCCAGGAUGUGGGGGCCGGGAAGUACAAGCUGCUCUUUGAUGAUGGGUACGAAUGCGACGUCCUGGGCAAAGAUAUUCUGCUUUGCGACCCCAUCCCACUGGAGACGGAGGUGACUGCGCUCUCUGAAGACGAGUAUUUCAGUGCAGGUGUUGUGAAAGGGCACAGGAAGGAGUCGGGAGAGCUGUACUACUGUGUCGAGAAGGAAGGCCAGCGCAAGUGGUACAAGCGGAUGGCUGUCAUCCUGUCCCUGGAGCAAGGGAACAAGCUUCGGGAGCAGUUUGGCUUGGGUCCUUACGAACCUGCCACGCCCCUGACCAAGGCGGCGGACAUCAGCCUGGACAACCUGGUGGAGGGGAAGCGGAAGAGGCGCAGUAACCUCGGCUCACCCAGCACAUCCAGCAGCAGCACAACGCCGACCCGCAAGGGGCCGGAGAGCCCGCGUGUGCCCUCGGGGCUGCUGUCUGGGAAGAGGAAGCUGGUCACCUCUGAGGACGAGAGGUCCCCGUCCAAGCGUGGGCGCAAGUCUGCAGCCAUAAAAACUGGCGCAGUGAAGGCAGGAGAGUUCCCAACUUCCUGCGAGAGCGGCGACAACGUGCUGGACCCCUCGGCCCUGGAGGACCAUCAUGGGCCGUUGCCUCACAAUAAGACCCUCUUUCUGGGCUAUGCCUUCCUCCUCACCAUGGCAACCCCCAGUGACAAGCUGGCCAAUCGCCAGAAGCUCUUGGACGGUGCCGCGGGCAGCAGCGAGGAAGAGGAAGAGUUCCUGGAAAUGACGCCGUACAACAAGCAGUACACAGCAAUGCAGCUGCGUGCAGGAGCUGGCUACAUCCUGGAGGACUUCAAUGAAACCCAGUGCAGCGCAGCCUACCGGUGCCUCCUGAUUGCAGACCAGCACUGCCGAACCCGCAAGUACUUACUGUGCCUUGCCAGCGGAAUCCCCUGCGUGUCCCACGUCUGGGUCCACGACAGCUGCCACGCCAACCAGCUGCAGAACUACCAGAACUACCUGCUCCCGGCUGGCUACAGCCUGCAGGAGCAGCGGCUGCUGGAGUGGCAUCCUCGCGAGAGCCCCUUCCAAAACCUGAAGGUGCUGCUGGUGUCCGACCAGCGCCAGAACUUCCUGGAGCUGUGGUCAGAGAUCCUCAUGAUGGGGGGCGCGGCGUCUGUGAAGCAGCAUCACUCGAGUGCUCAGAACAAAGAUAUCGCCUUGGGGGUCUUCGACGUGGUGGUAACAGACUUGUCCUGUCCGGCUGCUGUCCUGAAGUGCGCAGAAGCCUUGCGUCUGCCCGUCAUCUCGCAAGAGUGGGUGAUCCAGAGCCUUAUUGCUGGGGAGAGAAUGGGCUACAACAAGCAUCCAAAGUAUAAAUAUGACUACAUGCCCCGCUAGCGCUGCCCGUACCCUGCCCGCCUGCUGUCCCGCUGCUGUGCAGACUGUGUUUUAAUCAGGUUUUAAAUGUCUCUGUGUAAUGGACGCGUGCAUGGAUCACUGUACAUAGUUUUAUGGCUGGACUUUUAAGAUGAAAUAAAUGUUGAAUCUCU